ACAAGCUGGACGUGGACCCGCAUGUGGACAGAAAGAUCCGCAGCUCGCUCACUGAAACACACGGAGCACUCACAGCGGCAGCAGCGGCAGCAUCAUGUCGGUCGACAGUGUGUUCAGGACCCGCUCCCUCGGUGUGGCCGCCGAGGGUCUUCCUGACCAGUACGCAGAUGGCAAAGCGGCCAAAGUGUGGCAGCUGUACAUCGGGGACACGCAGAGCCGGACGCAGGAGUACAAGAGCUGGGUGGUGUCUCUGCUGAGGGAGCAGGGGGUGCGGAAGGUGCUGGAUGUCGCCUGCGGAACCGGAGUGGACUCCAUCAUGCUGGUGGAGGAGGGCUUCAAUAUGGUGAGUGUGGAUGCCAGUGACAAAAUGCUGAAGUACGCGCUGAAGGCAAGAUGGGACAGAAGAAAAGAACAAGCUUUUGAUCAGUGGGUUAUUGAAGAGGCCAACUGGCUGUCGUUACCAGAAGAUAUUCAGAAGCCAGGGGAUGGAUUUGACGCUGUCAUCUGCCUGGGCAACUCAUUUGCCCAUUUACCAGACUUUAAAGGGGACCAGAGUGACCAUCAGCUGGCCCUUCAGAACAUCGCCAGUAUGGUCAGACCAGGUGGGAUCCUCAUCAUUGACCACCGUAACUACGACUACAUCCUAGAGACUGGGAAGGCGCCAAAAGGCAAAAACAUUUACUACAAGAGUGAUCUAACUCAGGACAUCUCCACCUCAGUGCUGUGGGUCAACAGUAAACCCCAUAUGAUCACUCUGGAUUACACCAUCCAAGUGCCCAAGGCAGCCGAACAGAAUCUCCCUGAAGUCAGUAAAUUCCGUCUGUCCUACUACCCUCACCGUCUGGAGAACUUCAAAGGGCUGCUGAACAAGGCCUUCAACGGCAAAAUAGAGCACAGCGUCUAUGGAGACUUCAAGACAUACGUCCCCAGCCAGGCCCAGGCUCCCUGCUACUUCAUCCAUGUCUGUAAAAAGACAGCCUGAGAGCCCUGCCAGCCAAACACACGCACGCACGCACGCACGCGCACGCACGCGUGUGUGUGGCUUUCUGCCUUCUUUAAGUCCCAACAUGCUUUUACAGUAAAAAUUGGUUUUAAAAAGAUUUCAUCAUCUUAUAGUUCUUAAAAAUGAAACAGUUCUGUUUUGUCAGCGACAACGUUUACAUAGAGGCUAGUAUAUCGGAUAUUAACCCAAUUAAGCAAAUAUUCUGAAUAAGACACUACUGUUCUAAUUACCUUAACCCGAAUAAGGUCAUACUCAGAAUAAGUAAUAUUUGAAUUAAGUCACAUUAUCUAGACAUGUAUACGUCUCGAUCGCAGUAUAACGCCUUAUUAGAGUUUUCACAGCAUUUUGCGAAAAUCAACAUUUGUAGUUAUUGCAAAAUUAGAAAGAAAACACCUAGCAAACGGUAGCAUUGUACAUUCAGGUUGGGAUUUUAAAACCAGAGGAACAUCAUCAGGUGUCAUAAUCGGGCUAUGCUCUGUGACAUGGAAUAUGUAUGGAGAAUUUUAUUAGCAGCUCAUGUCAACAUCAAAAUCAAAGUAAUGUCUUAUUCAGAAUAAGGUGAAUUAUCAGAAUUUUGGUGUCCAUGUAAACGGCGUCAUUGACGAGAACAUAGAGACUGAACAUGUUCCUGAUAGACUGUGCAUUAUUAUUGUAUAAAUAAUAUGAUUGGCCUUUUAAGAAAAUGUAUCAGUACAUUUAAUGACCUUGAAAUUUGUUUAUCGUAGUUUGUUUAUCGUACAGCCGCUAAAAGUUUCCAUUUUCUCUAAUAACUUUAAAAUGAUGAUGCUAAACUGUAAGAGCGGCAGAGCCUCUACAAGGAGCAGCUGGUUGAUUUUCAUCUCAAUAUGUUCUCACAGCACAAGCUGACACAUCCUGUAAGUGUCUAAAACAGGUCAAACCUACUUUGAAAAAUGUAUUCAAAAUGUAUCGGACCACUGUUUUUGUCCCGAUGUGCUAUUUUCCCAGAAUGCAGUGCUGUGUCUGCUGUGGUAUUUCCCCCAUUUCUGUUUCGCCUUCCGCUUCUUGCCCUUCACAACUUUGAUAUUGACAAUGAACAUAAUUUCUAAAUGUUGCUGUACAUUAGCGAUAUUCCUCUUGAUGGAAUACUUGAUUUUUGUUGCAAAUAAUGUUCAAAGUUCUAAGAUUUACCAUAUGCUUAGUCAUUUGUAUCCUGUGAGUUCAUCACAACUGUCUUAAAAACACAGAUGAAGCCUUUAUUGUCAAGCUGAUUUAAUUUUGUGUUCAUUUCUCAGUUCAUUUGUUCAGUGAGUAAUCACAGCCAGUGAGGCCUGUGACUCACAUUAGUGUUAGACGCCGUUCAGACGUGGUAUUAACAUCCGUCCUGAGAGCUGCAAUCACAAGUGGUCAGUCCUAAGUUCAGGGGCUAACACACCCAAAUGUGUUCUGAGAUCUGAUCACUCUUACCACAUUCAGAGGUGGUCUGUGACGCAUGUGGCCACUGUGAGAGUGUGUCCUCUUUGACCCGCCACAUUAAAACUCUUCUCAUGUGCAUUGAUUUGUUUGUGGCCAAAGUUACAAUGUCAACACUGAUCACCACAUAAUGACUCAUACUCUUCUUUUUUAUUUGAAUAUACAGCUGGGACGUGAGAUCCGAUCUUAAGUGGUCACAGGAGACACAUUAAGGACACAUUUUAGUGUCAGGAACAGACAGCGCUGUGCACUGUUGAGCAGAUCUCUCAGGAUGAAAGUUAUACCUGGUCACAAAAGGGCCUUAGUUUAACCAGCUCAAACAGAAUGGAGAGUGGGUGUCAGUCAGGCAGUCAGUCAAUCAGUCAAAAUCCUCCUUCCUGAAGGAAUCUCUUCACUAAACCCUGACCAGCUCCAGAGCUAUUUGACCUCUGACCUCCAGAGUUUUCAUGAAAAAUAAUGACAUUAAGUGAAUCAUUUCAGGCUUUGUUUCACCGAUUCUAUAUUUUCUUCAUAUUUUUUUCUCUUAUUUUGUGGUACUGUUAACACAUUUCUGGUUGUUACUUCCAAUAGACCAGCAGUGAGUCUGAGGUAAUGUUUGAGGUAAAAGGUUUUGCUCUAGCUUGUAAUUUUUCUGUUACAGACGUAUAUUGCAGCAUCUCAAAUAAUUGAGUUUACCCAAAUAAUGAGGGGGAACGUGAUGGAUGAAUAAUUUAUUUAGCUCUGGUAUUUAGGUUCAAAUGUUUUACUUUGAUACGAAACUAGUGUAUUUUUCAUUAGAAGUAGUUCUAGGAUAGAGAAGUCAAAUAUUAUCACUGCCUUUGACUUGCUGUGUGAGAUAGUUUGUGAUUGAGUUGAGAUUAACAGCAUCAGAGUGGCUGAAUGUUUGAGUAGGUUCACGUAGAAAUAAAACCAUUUCAGAAAAUUCUUAAUGUUAUAUAAUUAUAAGACAAUGUACAAAUUUUAUACAGUUUAUUGCUGAUACAAUUAUUGAAAUUCUUUUGCAUGACAUUAAAGAUUUAAAUAAAUAA